AUGGCUACAUCAUAUCCCGAACUCGUCUGGACUCAAACGUCGCCUGGGACAUGGCAGCGUAGCAUCGACGAAGUUGAGGAGUUCUACGCCUCCAUGCCCGUCCUCUACGAGGGCAGCGGCCUUAUGUUCUUCGCUAUCACUGGCCAUGUCUCUCUGACCUUUGACACAACCGGCACCAGCGGCUCUUCCGAUGCUGCUCAACGCGUCGGCGAGGCCCUCAAGAGUGCCUGGCUGGCCCUGCGUCACGAUCAUCCCACCAUCGCCUCCCAAGUCACUCGGGACCUCACCACAGGCAAAUGGCUAAAGACGUACCACCAACUCAAAGACGAAGCCGAAAAGCAGUCCUGGAUCAACAAGACUCUUAUUCCCAUCACCACCGACCAAAGUGGCGUAGAAUGGGCCAACUCACAACCGCCAGCUCCAAAGAUCCCAACCCUCUUCAUCCUCAGUCCACCAUCCACCACCACCAACAUCAUCCGCCGCGACCUCGUCCUCCGCUCCCCCCACGACAUCAUAGACGGCAUCGGCACCCUCACCCUCCUGAACAACCUUAUAACCCAUGCCUCCAAAGCAUUCUCCUCGCCAAACACCCCCAGUGCCCUAAGCUUCACCGGCUCCGAGGCCGCAAACCUCAGCCCCCCCUACCGCAUCGCAGCCAACGUCCCCUCAACCCUCACUGAAUCCCAAACCGCACGCCUAGCCACAAUGGCCGCCCAGAAGACCGCAGCAAUGACCCCCCCACCCGGCACCCAACUCAUUGACAUGCCCUACCGCCGCGGCCAACUCCUCCCCGGCCGCCACCAACGUGUCGCAAUCACUCUCACGCAAGACCAGACAGCCCGCCUCACCACAGCGUGUAAAUCCGCCGGCGCGACCGUGACGCACGCCUUCCACGCCGCCAUCGCCCUCGUGGUCCGCGACAUCCAGCCACCGUCCACUCGCGCGCCCCAGACGAAACGCAUGCGGUACGUGAACUACAUCCUCCGCAACGAGCGCGCAAGCUGCCAGCCGCCGUAUAACUCUUCCAAACACCCCGCUGCGCUGUACCACUCCGUCCCAGGACAAAGUCUCGUCGUCGACAUGGACCUCCCAGCCUUGGACGACGAUAACGCCAACGCCAAGCCCACCUCCGACAAGGACGAAUUCCUCCCCGUCGUCCAGAUAAUGAAGGACUUCUACCACAGCGUCAAAGACGACAAGGAGCACUACGCCCUCGCCUCGACGAUCUGGGCCGCCGGAGACCCCACGGUCCCUCUAUCCUCCACCCCGCUACCCGUGCCGCCGCCCAAGGAACAUCCUUCGGUAUCAAUUUCCAGCAUGGGCCGCGUCGACGGCAUCAUCGCCCCCAAGACGGGCGCCAUCGAGGCAUACGAUCCGUGGGUGACUGGCGAGGAGCUGGGCAACGGGCUGGGUCUGUUCUUGGGUACUUUCAGGGGCGAAUUAUGUCUUAGCGCUGCGUAUAACGACGCUUGGCAUACCGAGGCGGAUGUCCUGGAUUUCUUGAGACGUUGCAAGGAUGUAGUUUUCCGUGGUUUCGGUCUCUCGAAUGAGUAA